GUCAUUGCAGCUGGAGCAUGUAUUGACGAUGUGAAAGCUGACUGUGCUUGGUUAAACACUGUGUUCAAUAUCUGCCAAGACAUACAACACGCCAAAUCUGUGUGUCCAAAAUUUUGUGCUCUUUGCUCAUUAGUGGAUGGAAAUUGGGCAAGCUGGUCCCCUUGGUCGACCUGCGAUGUCACGUGUGAAAACGGGACUCAGACUCGAACAAGAACAUGCACUGAUCCCGCCCCAGCAAACGGCGGACUUGAUUGCAGCGGAUCUAGUACCAAUACAAAAACAUGUUUAAAGGAACUUUGUCCAGUUCACGGAGGAUGGACAGAGUGGUCGAACUGGGAAGCAUGCUCUGUGACUUGUGGUGUAGGAAUAGAGAGACGACAUCGUAACUGCUCGAACCCUGUACCUGAAAGGUUUGGCCAGCAUUGUUUCGGUGAUGCAUUAGAUGAUAGAAUAUGCUUGCCGGGUCCAUGUGCAAAUGGCGGCUGGUCAAACUGGGGACAAUGGAGUACAUGUACUGUAUCAUGCGGUGAUGGGAUACAGUCAAGGUCACGUACGUGUACAAAUCCUCGUCCUUCGCUAAAUGGGAGAUACUGCGAGGGAAACCCUUUAGAAGUUGUUUCUUGCAACAGAAAUACCUGUACUCCGAACAUUGCGUUUAUGCCACGAAAUGUGUUCGAUCGCAGUCCUUCCUCCGGACAGACGAUGAUAUUUGACACAACACUAGUGAAUGAAGGAAACGCCUACAGCACGUCGACUGGAAUCUUCACAUCACCUGUCAAUGGAACUUAUUUAUUUAGUACACAGCUCUGUGUUUAUACUCAACAAGAAUUAAGCAUAGCUUUUGUUGUAGAUGGAGUUACAUACGCUACAGCACGCCUGUACAAUCAUCAAUCUUAUUCAUGCAAUACAGCUGAUACAGUUGCUCUGCUUCACGCUAACUCAGAAGUAUGGGUAAAAUGUACGAGUGCUUCACCAGGAGAUAUUAUUGCACAAGAUAUCAUGUUACCAAGACAAACGUGUAUCAGACCAAACAACAACUUAGGAUGUAUUGAUAAUAUGCAAUGUGGUAUCCUCGCUAAUGGUGCCGGCAGUUUGGUCGGGAGAAGUCUCGGAAGCCGACAAGUUCAAGACUGCCAUGAAUGCUGUAGCUCGGAUACAUGCAAUAAGAAUUUAUGCAACCAUCUCAAACCAUCUGUAUGUAUCGACGACGUUAAGUUUGAUUGUGCAUUGCUUAACACAGUGUUCAAUACUUGCCAAGACAUCCACCACGCCAAAACCGUCUGUCCAAAAUUCUGUGGACUCUGCUCAUUAGUUGAUGGAAAUUGGGCAACAUGGUCUGAUUGGUCAGCUUGUGACGUCACGUGUGAAAAUGGCACUCAGUCUCGCACAAGAACAUGUACUGACCCUGCACCAGCCAGUGGAGGACUUGACUGCAGUGGAACAAGUACUGAGACUAAGACCUGUUUGAAGGAACUCUGUCCAGUUCAUGGAGGAUGGACAAAAUGGUCGGGAUGGGAAGCAUGUUCUGUGACCUGUGGAGUAGGUAUAGAGAGACGACACCGUAACUGCUCUAACCCUGUACCUGACAGGUUAGGGCACCAUUGCUUCGGCGACACAUUAGACGACAGGACAUGUCUGCCGGGUCCAUGUGCAAAUGGCGGUUGGUCUGACUGGGGACGAUGGAGUACAUGUACUGUAUCAUGUGGAGGUGGGAUACAGUCAAGGUCACGUACAUGUACAAAUCCUCGUCCUUCGCCAAAUGGGAGAUACUGCGAGGGAGACCCUUUAGAAACGGCUCUUUGCAACAGAAAUACCUGUUUUCCAAACAUAGUGUUUCAUGCACGAACUUUGGUCGAUCGCAGUCCUUCCGUCGGACAGACAAUGAUAUUUAGUACAACACUAGUGAAUGAGGGAAACGCCUACAACACGUCAAGUGGCAUCUUCACAGCACCUGUUAAUGGAACUUACUCAUUUAGUACACAGUUUUGUGUAGUACCAAACAAAGCACUGUUUAUAGCUAUAGUUGUUGACGGGAUAAAGUAUGCUACAGCUGAAAUUUACUAUAUUGCUAGUGAUUCGUGCAAUUCUGCUACUGCUGUUGCUAUGCUACGAGUUAAUGCAAAAGUCUGGGUAAAAUGCACCAGUGCUAAUCCAGGAGAUAAUAUUGUAUAUCUCGAUGAUGCUAAUCGCAUGACCUCUUUCUCCGGGUAUCUCGUACGACAAUUACGAAAAGACUCUAAACUAAAGAAUUUUAAAACAUAUGAAUUAAAAAGUGUUGAAGAUGGUUAUCUUAGUACAGAACCUGGUUUAAUGGUAGCUAAUUCAGUCAUAAAAUUACGAAAACAUCGUAGGUUUCCUGUUAUGUUAGUAAAUUCUACAAAUAGAACAAUUAAAUUAAGAAAAGGGUGUGCCGUUGCAACUGUUGAACAAAUUGAUGAAAAAUGCAUAGCUUCUGUUUCUGAUGUCAAUAAACUAUCACAUAAUAAGGGUGAAAAAUCAAGUAUUAAUACAAAAGAAAUAGUAGCACCUAAAGAACAUUUUCAGUAUGUAGAAAAGUUAGUUCAAACAAAUAGGGACGUUUUUGCGAAUAAUGACUCAGAAUUGUCACAGACAGAUACGAUUACAAUGAAAAUUCCUACAGUAGAACAUGAACCGAUAAAGCAGCGACCAUAUAGAGUACCAUUAAAUGAUAGAAAAAUUAUGAGUGAUGCUAUAGAUGAAAUGCUUAAAGCUAACGUAAUAAGACCUUCUCAAAGCCCUUAUGCAAGUCCUGUUGUGCUGGUUAAAAAGAAAAACGACAACAGUACCAGAUUUUGUAUAGACUUUAGGAGGAUCAACGCCCUGUAUUUAUUAAAAAGUGAAAUGCAAAACAAGAAAAUUCAGUUAUGGGCAUUGUCUAUUAGUGGUUACAACUGUAAGAUAGAGUAUCUUCCUGGAAAGGCAAAUGUUAUUGCUGAUUUCUUUUCACGACCACCAGAAUCUGAAAAUAAACAAACAGAAAGUGAGCAAGAAAUUGAACCAGAUAUUAAUGACAAUACCUACAAAAUUUCUGACAAACAUACAGUGAAAAGUAUAAAUGUUAUAAACUCUAACAACUUAAACCCGAAAGAAGUAGCCAACAAAGAAUAUCAAAAACAAGAUUCUUUAGUAGAAACUGUCCCAACAUUUGCAGAGUUAGAUAUGAGAUUAGAACAAGAUAAAGAUCCUGCAAUUGUUCUGAUGAAAAUGCAACUUAAGCAUGGUGACCCAAGUAAGGCUGAAUUGAAGAAGUAUUUAGAAGUAGACAAUGUUCUAUACUAUAUUUCAAACCCAGAAGAAGAACCAGUUAUGAGACUGUAUGUCCCUAGUCAUUUGAAAUCAUUAGUUAUAACAGAAUAUCACAACAAUGGUCACCCUGGUACACAACGUAUGUUUGCAACUAUAAAAAUAAAGUACUACUGGCCAAAUAUGUUUAAAGAACUUCAUAGAUAUGUAACAACUUGUGUUGAUUGCCAGUCUAGAAAUUUGACAAAGGUUAAAGCUCCUUUAAGAGAAACAAAUAUUACACCAUUUCCAUUUGCUAUUGUCUCAAUAGACAUAUGUGGUCCUUAUGAGAAAACACUUAGUGGCAAUCGUUACAUCAUUUGUUUUGUUGACAUGUUCAGUGGUUUUCCAGAAGCUUUCGCAGCUCCUGAUAAAAGUACAAAUACAGUAAUAGACUUACUUUUGAACGAGAUAUAUCCUAGAUAUGGAUGUCCUCUCCAGAUAAUUCAUGACCGAGGGUCAGAAUUUACGAGUUCUGCCUUUAGGGAGGUCCUGAAAGAGUUAAAUAUUGACAAUGUAUCAUGUACAGCAUACCACCCAGAAAGUAAUGCAAAACAAGAACGAAUGCACAGAGUUCUACAUGAUACUUUAGCAAAAAGAGUUCAAGAUACUGUUUACAUUUAUUCACAUAAAGACGCCCUGCAAUGUUACAACUGCUCAAACAUUGUUGUCACGGACGAAUGUUCAACAGUAACAGAAUGUCUUGCUGGUCAGUCAUGUUACCAAGAUACACGUGCAUCAGGCCAAACAAAGACCUUAGGAUGUAUAGAUAAUAUGCAAUGUGGUGUUCAUGCAAGCGGUGCCGGCAGUUUGGUCGGUAGGAGCCUCGGUAGUCGACAAGUUCAAAACUGUCAUGAAUGCUGUAGCACAGAUAAAUGCAAUAAGAAUCUGUGUAAUCACCAAAAACCAACCGUAUGUAUUGACGACGUAAAGUUUGACUGUGCAUUGCUUAAUACAGUGUUUAAUAUCUGCCAAGACAUCCAUCGCGCCAAAACCGUCUGUCCUAAAUUCUGUGGACUAUGUUCAUUAGUCGAUGGAAAUUGGGCAACAUGGUCCCCCUGGUCAGCUUGUGACGUCACGUGUGAAAAUGGCACCCAGUCUCGCAUAAGGACAUGUACUGACCCUGCACCAGCCAGUGGAGGACUUGACUGCAGUGGAACAAGCUCUGAAAUAAAGACAUGUUUAAAGGAACCUUGCCCAAUUCAUGGAGGAUGGACGAAAUGGUCGGGAUGGGAAGCAUGUUCUGUAACUUGUGGUGUUGGUAUAGAGAGACGUCACCGUAACUGCUCGAGCCCUGUUCCGGACAGGUUUGGGCACCAUUGCUUCGGUGACACAUUAGACGACAGGAUAUGUAUGUCGGGUCCAUGCGCAAAUGGCGGCUGGACAGAUUGGGGUCAGUGGACUACCUGUACAUUGUCUUGUGGUGGCGGGAUACAGUCGCGGUCACGCACAUGUACAAAUCCUCCUCCUUCACCUCACGGUGCAUACUGCAAAGGAGAUCUUUCACAAACUAUUUCAUGUAACAGCAAUAUCUGUACUCCGACCAUUGUGUUUAUGGCCCGAACAUUGGUCGACUACAGUCCUUCCGUCGGUCAGGUCAUGAUAUUUAGUGAUGCAGUAGUAAAUGAGGGAAACGCCUACAACUCGUCAACUGGAAUCUUCACAGCACCUGUCGGAGGAUCUUAUUCAUUUAGUACACAGUUCUGUUUACAUGAAAAUUAUUUUCUAUACUUUGCUAUUACAGAAGGUGGAACCCCUUUUGCCACUGGCCAGGUACAUGAUCUUUCUGUUGAUACAUGCAAUUCAGCUAGUGGAAUUGCCGUACUUCAAGCUAAUGCCAAAGUCUGGGUUAAAUGUACGACUGUCACUGGAACAAAUAUUAUCUAUCAAGAUAAUGGAUUUCAUAUUAAUUCUUUCUCCGGAUACCUCAUUCGUUGAUAUGAUCCAACAAAAGCAACGAAAUUGACAUAAUUUUGGUAACUAUAGAACAUAAAGAAAUUGUUGUAAAAUUGUCUUUUAUCAAUAAGUGAACUACCCAAAACUUUAAACACCUCUGAUGUAAAACAAAACUUUCAUAAUUGUGAACGCAAAAUCAAACAUUAUGGAAGAUGAGUUAUCAGUUGUUCAAUAAACAUAAUACCCAUUAGUAGAACUGCACGUUUUAGGUGAAAUAUGAGCGGCUGAAAUGUGAUAGACUAAGUAUAUUUUCCCGUUCAUGACCAUGAUCUCAUAGCAUACAUAGGGGUAGUGUAUAACAUGUAUGAUGGCAUUUUCUUCCCGUUCUGAUCCCAGUGGCAAAUACUAUUAAUAACAAUGUAGAUGUAUAACCAUGAUAACUGAUGAAUGUUAACUGAUAUAUGGUCAAAUAGCAUUUUUUUCCAGGGAACAACAGUAUAAUGAAGUAUUUUAUAUUUGUCAUGAUUUUUCUUCAUCAUAACGAAAUUAGCUGGUAGUUAAUUCGAGACAUUUGCGUGCGUUUUUGUAACUUUUAGCUAUGUUUACAUCAGAUAGGUUUUAUUAAUAAUAAAUAUAUGUCAUUUUAAUACCUUCCACUCCAGGGCUUUUUAAGGGUUUUUGGGAAAAGACCGCUACAAUUUGGAAUUUUGUCGCGGUAGAUUUUCAAGAUGAAAGAGAAAGACCGCUUAAAUGUGAUGAUUUAAAACUUUAUUUUUCGGGUUUUACUUCAACGUUGAUUUACAUUUCUUGACUUGGUACUGGGUAAAUAUGUCACAUAGCAGUGUAAGAAACAGCAAAGCUUGGAAUAAUUCUCGUUCAAAAAUUUCAGCAAAAUUAAUUGAGGCCGGUCAGGAGACCGGAAGCACACCUGUUUUGUUUGGCCUUAUAUAAACAAGCUAUAAUUGUUGAAAGUGGAAAUGAUUUUGGCCGGCUUGAUUUUCAUGAUAAAAUGAAAAAAUGUACACACACAAACAAUUUCUAACGAAACUCUUAGUUGUGUUUUUGUCAAAAUUUUAAACAAUACCUGAAGUACCUUUUUUAUAUGUUUUUUCAUUAUUUGUUUUCAAGACCACAUCCCGUUUUAAAAGUGUCACAAAAGCACAAUGAUAUAUUGAAAAAAAUAAAUGUAGGGCACACACACAAAAGAAGGUCUCUAUGUACUUGUUUCUUAUUAAUCACAUUCAGGUUGUAACCUUUUAUUCAGGCAUUUAUAAUUAUUUAGUUAAUAAUGAUAUGUUCAUUCAAGUACAAUAUUGUGUCAAUUUGAAAAAAAAGGCAAGAAAUGGCUGUUUUGUUUUGUAUUUUUAAGGCUGUAAAACAGGUAGAGAACUAAUAUAUUAGUACAGAAAAGUCAAAUUCAGAAAAAAAGUGCAGCGAGAACAGGACUCGAACUUCGGGCCUUGGAGUACAAUGUCGACAAAAAAUGGCCAAAUCUUUUUAAAUCCGUAAUUUUAGUUACUUUCUAAGUGUCUGCUUGUAACUGCUGUAAUUCACAACAGGCAAAAGGACUUGAUGAUGCAUUGAGCCAAGUCAAUAUAUAGCUUGGAUGUUUGUUCAAUAAAAUGCACCUAUUGUGUUGUCAUUAGUAUACGAUUAGUAUACGUCCAAACAUGGACGAAAUUUGAAGCCAUUUUGGUGCUUGUAUUUUGCACUAAAACGGAGGACACAGGCAAGAUAAGGUUCACUUAAGUAAGCGUUGGGAUCUUGGUGUUGAUAUUAAUACACUGUUUGCCGACGAAAAGGGUCAAAUCUGUUCUAAAUCUCAACUCUAAUAUUCAUUCGUAAUAAAAUAGGCUCGCAUUCUUGUUACUGCAGCUGUAGUUCAAAACGCUCAUGACAGUUUUAGGAUGCAUUGAACCUCGUCAAUGUCUUGCAAGGAUUUGUUUGUUUGUUUGUUUGUUUUGGGUUUAACGCCGUUUUUCAACCCCAGCUUUUAUUAUAUUUGACUGGCUUAUCGUAGUAGGUUGUCCCCCUUGAAAAUUAUCCGAUAAUCAAUAUUAGUUUCCCUGCUGAUAUUACUUAGAGCAAUAGAUUGUAUAGGAAAUUUAUUUUCAAAGAUUAAUUUCAAAUAUGUGUUCUGGUUUGUGAAUAUUUUACCAGAUAUGACAGUAUACAUCAAUUUCUUCUCUUCAAUUUGAUGUAAAAAUAUUUAUUCUAACUUAACAUUUUCUUGCUUCCAGUUGUGUUUAAAAAGUAUCACCAUCACUUAUAUUGAACAUAUAGAGAAAAUCACUAAAUUUUUCAAUUUCUUUUACUUUAGAGGCAAAUAAAUUAUAUUUUCCAAAGCAUGACAAUUUAUUAUCACAUAUAUAGGUAUUCGUGACUUUAUAGACAAUACAAUAGUAUAAUUAUAAGUGUAAUAGGGUAAAGGCUUCUUGCUUCCAUUUAACUUCAAAGUGUAUCAAGAAAUAAAAAACUUGUGGAUUUCUUAAAGUUCUGGUGUAACUUAAACGAUGUAACGAUUUACGGAACUGCAUAUUGUACCAACAACUGACGUACGAUUCAAUAUAGUCUUUUGAAAUAAUAACGUUCAUAAUUGUCUGAUUAUCAAUAAAUAGAAAAAAAAACAAAGAACAGAACAGAGCUUUGAUUUUUGCACCAAACUGUUUAUGAGAACAAUGCGAAUCAACAUAAAUUACAGUUUUUCCGUCUGAAAGCUAAAAUCUUUGGAAUAUUGAAACAUUCGACGACAGGAGAACAACUAGCCACCUUUACAGCUGAAGACUUUAGUUUACACGGAUAAAUUUGAUCUCAUGAUUGCAUUGUAUAGUAUGUUAAAACACGUAUCUGAAUGGCAUAUUUGAUUUAUGUACAUCAUUGAUUAUACAAGACUAAGUAACUUAAUAGACACUAUAGAUAAGUAGACAGGGUGAAUUAGAGCUUCUUUUUUAAAAGAAAAGAAUGAGUUCCGAUCUCAAUGAUACACGUACACCAAUGCUAUACGAAAAAUCAGAAACUUGAUUCUUAAUUUAUUUAAUAGAUUCUUUCUUUCCUUGAUUUCUAUGGAAAACCAAGGAUCAAAGCCAGUUAAUAAAACAUGUGUGUGUUCGUGUUUUAUUAACAUGUAUAUUUUCUAAGUUUUAGUUAAAUUGCUCGUUUCAUUUCUGAUUUUUUUGGGGUUUUUUGCCAUUGCCUGUCAAAUACAUUAUUGUUUAGUUUAUUACUUUAUUUUAUCAUAUUUUAAAGAGUAAAAGAGUAAACUUCUAGGCAUGAAAGUUAAACAAAAGUACCGUUAUAUGGACAAAAACAUUCAAAUAAAAUCGGAAUACAAGUAUCUUCACACAAGUUUCGUUUUUCUCGAGGAAAAACUGUUAUACAUGUUUUUGUGGGAAAUCUCGUUUAUGAAAUAAUUCUCG